CUUACCAAUAUGUUCUUGAAACUUAAUAUGGUGUUAGAUCCUUCUAUAGCCUCAAAGGUUCUGUCUUUGAAUCCGAUGUAGUCCCAGUAUCAUGCUUAGUUCAAGCACAGCUCUGAGCUAUUAGAAGUACUGGCAUUGUUGGUGAAGUCUGCACUGUCACUGAUUGCAUUUGGUUUCUGCAUUGGAACUCAGCAUGGAAGAGGCAAAGAAGAAUAUGUAUGCUUUCAGUACGACGACCUACACCGGGUUUCAGUGCACGGUGGAUGAAGCUACCUCCGAGAAAUUCAAGGGUGAGUAAGAGUAGCACCAAUUUUGAACUCUACUUGCCUUUUCUGCCUUGUUUGUUUAGUUAGAUACCUAUCUUGGGAGUUUUAAGCUGUUGCAGGCUUGCCAGGAGUGCUGUGGGUGCUGCCUGACUCCUAUAUAGAUGUUAAGAACAAAGACUAUGGAGGUGCUCACUUGCUUUACUCUGCUUGAUCCGUCUAUGAUGCUGAUUUAUUUAUGUCAUCCAUUCAUUGAUGGCUCUAUUUUCUUUUUGGUAUUAUCGUUGCAACGUUAUGUAGGGGACAAGUAUGUGAAUGGGGAGAUCAUACCGUGCACUUACCCUACUUAUCAACCGAAGCAGCGAAAGAGUUCCAAAUACGAGAGUAAAAGGUACGAGAGACGAAGAGACGGUCCGCCUGCUAAUCAAAAAAGACCAUCACAACCACAGGCUGCAAGCUCGCCUGAGUCAUCCCCCUCUGCAUAAUUCUAGCAUAGACUGUACGUACCUUAUUACCCUUGUGCUGUUCAUCAUUGUUAGUUACUGCACUUGGGCUGUUCAUCAUUUUUCAUGCCAAAUUUUCUAUUGGUUUGUCAAUUUCCUCUGCUUCCUUGCGUAGAUGGUUAGUAGCUUGAAUCGAAAGAGUGGAGUUAAUAUAUAUCGACAUGGCUCUUUGUUGCAGGUCAUCCUUGAGCUUUUCAAUGGUGUUCUCUUCUGUGAUUGAUGUUCCUUGUCGUGGAGCAAAUUGUGAUUUUGGGUUCAUUCCUCCAGAGCAGAUCUCGUGGAGCAAAUUGUGAUUUUGAGCUGGGACUUCCCUCCAGAGCAGAUCUUGUAUGCAUUGUAGGAUCAGAUAGGUAAGUUCUGAGUCUAUUGUUUGAUCUGUUUCCAUGUCCAGAGAUUUACGGCCGGUGGCCAAAGAAGUUGAGCAAAUCAAAUCUUCAUUUGGAUCGCCUUCGGACAUACUGAAUAUAAUUCAAUUUGCUUCUCAAGUUCAAGACCCUUCUAUGGUCUUUAUUUUCCCAUUUCUGUUGAUAAUGAUAUUAGCUCUAUGUUGAUUCGAUUCAAUCUGAUUUCGGACCAGAUUGGACCAGGUUCAACAUUGAUCGUCUUUGCUUUGCAUAACAUGGUUUCUCUCUCAACCAUGUUGCCUCCCGGUUACACUCUAGAGCCAAGAGUCGUGAGUCAGGUAACCUUAUGGCGUCAUCUUAUUGUAGGACCUUGCUACACAUGUCCUUCUAAAGGGACAACACACAAACGUGAGAAAUGCAAAAAACUGCACAUGCUUGAAUCAGCUUGAUGCUUCCUUCCCAUCCACCACAGUCAAUUUCAACAAUCAUUGAACCUCCGUUCGGUAAAAAAAGGAAGGGGUUUUGUGUAAUCCGCCGUCGAUUGUGCUUCCUUUCCCCUGUUUCAGAUAAGGUUUGUAUGGUCUGGAUUCAACACCUUGUUCACAACACUUCUGAAAGUAGGUAGCGAACAGUAUCUCUAUAAUGUUUACCCUUUUACAUCCGAAAGGAAGAAGACGAACAAAGCAAUUGAUCUCCGGCGGAAAAAAAAUGGCCUACCACGACAGCAACGGUGGCUACUUCUUCGACGGUGAGUACCCUUCGACCCAUUACCACAAUUAUCCUCAUCAUUAUCAGUAUGAUUACGUUCCAGUCGUUCAAGAUCCAGCCUUUUACUACGACAACAAUGUCGAAGAACAUCCUCCAUUUUCGAGCUCCAAUUCAGCUGCAUACUGUCACGCCUAUGCGACCACUGCCAGCCAGCCUCUGUUCCUCGCCUAUGAACCAGACGAGAGCUUCACUCACUACUCCGAAUUCCAACAAACUCGACCGAUUGUUUCGUACUCUGUUUCGGAUUUCAACGAGACCGAUUACGAGGAGUACGAUCCCACUCCUUACGGCGGCGGCUACGAUCUCGUACAAACCUACGGCAAGCCGCUCCCCUACUCCGACGACACCUGCUACCCUCGUUCCACCGCGGGCCCAAUUCCCGCCGCCGCCCCCGCAAUUGCAAAACAGCCCCAAAUCGGAAACGAGAAACAACCCACUAGUCCGAAAGUUCCGGCGGUGGAGGAGGAGAAGCACACGAUCCCAGAAGCAGAGGAUGGAGGAAUUGGGGGAGGGUACGGUUUUGAUGGCGGGGAAGCGGGUCGGGUUGUUCCGGCGGGUUACGGGUUGGAGACGGUGGAUCUGUGCGAGAGUCUGUUCGGAAAUUGGCCGUGCCUGGAGAAAUUUAGGAGAGAAAAUGAUUAUGGGAAGAUGGGAGGUGGGGAUUGUGGGUUUAGUGAUGGAGGAGAGUGGAAUGAGAUGGCGGCUGAUUAUCUGUUUGGGAGUUCGUAUGAUCCGUAUGAUGGGGAAAGGAGGAAGGAUCCAUGGGGGUAUCAAUGGCGGGCGGAGAAUGAUGAACAGGCGCUAACUCUGUACCCGCCGGCGGAUAAGUAUGUGGAAGAUUCGUGGUAAUAGUUAGUUUCCUCUCUCCGUUUGAGACUCGAACCUAGAGCUUAAUUGUCGUAUCAAGUAAUGGUACUAAUUCUUAUGGGAAGUGUACAAAAGAGUGAUUUGAGGGUUUGAAUAAGGCUUGUUAAUUGUUAUUGAGAUCUCAAAUGUUGGGACUCUUUAUUUUCCUAUUUGCACAAUGGGGUAGGGUUGAUUUUGACUUUUUGAGGUUUCCAAUGGCUAAUUAUUUUUCUCUUUUCUUUGUAUUGCUUCAUUCUUUGAAUUAGAAUGCGUACAUUGUGUAUCACUUUGUUUGUCAAUAUAAAGAAUCAUUUCAUUAAGGGGUCGUUUGGAAGUUGCGUAUGUUAAAUCGUUGUAUUGUUAUGAAUCACUAUGAUAUAAAUGCAUGCAUUGAUACAAUAGAUGCAUUUUGAAAUUACAUUGUUUGGUUGUUGAGAUUAUAAUUUAUGAAUUGAUUGUUAUAAAGUUACUUUAUAAGGAAAUGUCAUAUUUGUCCUCCACUUUUAAUAUAAAACAAAAAAAACCUAUGGACAUAAUUGAAAAAAGUAAAGGUGCUCAAUUAUUAAACCAACAAUCACAACAAUCUCAACUUUUAGUUGAGAUUGUACAAUCUCUCAUUUUUGUUGAUUGUUGGUGGGACCCACACAAAACAAUACAUGCAUUGUCUUGCAACUUGACACUUCCAAACGUUAUAUUGUGGACAAUGCAUUUAUUUAACAAAUACAACACUAACAAUCGCAACUUCCAAACGACCCCUAAAUCGAUUAGGCUAAUUGAGAAAAUUGAGGUGAGGUAAUUACGCAAGUCACCGUUGGGGAAAAAACCCAAAGUCAAAUCCACAUUCAUUCACACUAUCAAUUUUGAACCUUGAGAAUUGAGAUAAAAUAGAGAAAGAAAAGAGUUUUUCUCGAUCACUUGUCUGUGACAUUUGAGUUAUCUUGAUUAACUAUUUAUGUUGGGGAAGAAGAAAGGAGGAAAGGAUUUGGCAUGAUCUUACAUGAUGUGAUUUAGACCAUUGAUCUUAUUUGGACGAAUGAUGGUUCAUUGGGCGUUACCACAAAAUAUGUUGCACGAUUCGAUGUGGUAGCAAACUCGAAAAUCUAAAAGUCUACAUCCAAGCGAUUGCAUAUUUAUUACGUGUGGCUAUGCAUGUUGUUACGAUUAAGCAUUAUGUGUCGUCUCGUGUAGGAACUCAUGAUUGGGAUGGAGGGGUUGCUGCGGUAUGCUCUCUAUGGUAGGAAUGAAUGACAAUGGGGCAGGUCUGGGGCGGGUAUCUCGAUAUCCAUACCCGUCUCGUGGCAAGUCGGGUCCAGGAUGUGGCAACAAACUCGAAAAUCUGAAAGGCUACAUUCAAGCGACCGCGUAUUUGUUAUGUGUGACUAUGCACGUUGUUACAAUUAGGCAUUACGUGUCGUCUCGUGUAGGAACUCAUGCUCGGGAUGGAAGGGCUGCUGCGAUAUGCUCUCCAUGGUAGGAAUGGCAAUGGGUCAGGUCAGGGGCGGGUAUCCCGAUAUCCAUACCCGCUCCGUGGCAGGUCGGGUCCCGGUUGGGUAAUUUAUCAUAGGGUGCGGGUCGGGACAGGUCGACCCAAUGGGUAUGUAAUUAUAUGAAAAGUAUUAGAAAUAUUUGUUGUUUUCAUUACAAGACCUAGAAACAAACCAUAAUAUGAUAAACGUAGAUAAAUUAUUGGAGAAAAAUCAAGAUUUUCACGAAUUUACAAUUUUAUUGUAGUUAAAAUAUGAUGUAAUAAAAGAACAAUUCUGAG